GUCGUCUCCUCUCCCUCUCGCCCAACACGAGACAUUAACAAAACAAGCAAAGCAAAACCCCACUCCGCUCCUCCUCCUCCUCUGCUUUUACCGCGUCGUCUUCGCGCGGUGAAGGCUGAGGAGAUCGAUCAGGAGACUCUCUCUUAUUCCCAGGCCGUGCGUGCGGGGUCUCGGGAGCAUAGCUGGGUUUUCUGAUCGAUCGCUGCUUGAGUCGGGCGUCGUCGGCCGACCUGUGGUGGCGAUGGUUGAGAUGGACGGAGCCGUGGGAGUUGGAGUUGGAGGAGGAGUGGAGGCGGCGCGGCGGUGGCGGCUGGCCGACGAAAGGUGUGACCUGCGGGCCAUGGAGUCGGAGUACGUCCGGAGGUUCCACCGGCACGAGCCCCGCGACCACCAGUGCUCAUCCGCCGUCGCCAAGCACAUCAAGGCCCCCGUACACCUCGUUUGGUCUCUGGUUAGGCGGUUUGAUCAGCCACAGCUUUUCAAGCCCUUCGUAAGUCGUUGCGAAAUGAAGGGAAACAUUGAAAUUGGGAGUGUGAGGGAGGUGAAUGUUAAGUCCGGCCUUCCUGCCACGAGAAGCACCGAGAGGCUGGAGCUGUUAGAUGACAAUGAGCACAUACUCAGUGUAAAGUUUGUCGGAGGAGACCAUAGGCUCAAGAACUACUCAUCUAUUUUGACGGUGCACCCCGAGGUGAUCGAGGGCCGGCCCGGAACCCUGGUGAUCGAGUCCUUCGUAGUGGAUGUCCCUGAGGGCAACACCAAGGACGAGACGUGCUACUUUGUGGAGGCCCUCAUCAAAUGCAACCUCAAGUCGCUCGCCGAGGUGUCGGAGCGCCUUGUCAUCAAGGAUCAAACCGAGCCACUUGACCGGUGAUAGUCGAUAUCGAUUUCGACCAAAAUUGCAUAUCCUUAGAAUGUGCAGAGCUAUUUCUCCAAUGGAGCCCCUGUAGGUUCUUGGAUCAUGAAAAAAAGAUUGUGAUGUGUCCAAGAGAGAAUUAUGUUCCCUUUCCUCACCAAUCUUCUUUCUGUCGCUGUUCUAUCUUUUCCUUGUACGCCGGGAGGAGGUUAAAAAGAAUGGCACGAUUGUGUGUUAUUGUAGCGAUGGAGUAAACAUGGAAAUGUUUAGAACUGCAAGGUCCUGAACGCCUCAUUCUUGA